GCAGACAAGUUAUAAACAUGAGUCAGUCUGAAGAAAAAGAAAAAGAAGACUCAUCCUCAAAUGACGGUCUGGCUCAGGAAAGUGAGGGCAGGACCACAUCUGAGAGGACUGAGCAAGAGGAAGUAAACGCUCCUUCAAGCGUUGUGUCUCUAAAGAGUAACAGAUCCAUGGACCCUCCUCUUUAUUUAAAAGAGCCAGAGUCAUCUCCAAAGACUGAGCAAGUAAACGCUCCGUCAAGCGUUGUGUCUCUAAAGAGUAACAGAUCCAUGGACGCUCCUCUUGUUUUUAAAGAGCCAGGGUCAUUUCCAAAGUUUAAGCAGAAACAUGAAGAGCCUUUACCAAGAAUAAUGGCACAGGAUUCCACCAAUUCUCAAACAGACCUGCAUGAGAUAUUUAGGAGUCUUGAGGAGAAAAUUGUUACUUUUGUGAAGAGUGAGCUGAAGGAGAUAUUUUGGCUUCUGAAAAAAGAUAAAAAUGUCUCAGAGUCCCAGAGUGAGGAUGAGGAGCUGAGUAAUUGUGAAGAAGAACAGAAGAACAGCAGCAAAGAGGCUUUUCUGAAGAUCACUGUGGAGUUUUUGAGGGCAAUGAAGCAGGAGGAUCUGGCUGAUACUUUACUGACCAAAACUCUUAUGGCCAUGUGUCGUCGUAAACUGAAGUCAAGUCUGAGGAAAAAGUAUGAACGCACAUUUGAAGGAAUUGCUGAAGCAGGAAAUCCAACUUUUCUAAAUCAGAUCUACACAGAGCUCUACAUCACUGAGAGAAGCCCUGCAACGAUCAGCAGAGAGCAUGAAGUCAGACUGAUUGAAAAAGCAUUCAAGAAGCCAGACAGAUCAGAUAUAACAAUCCAUGUAGAAGACAUGUUUAAACCUUCCCCUGAAAGAAAUGAGCCCAACAGAACAGUGAUGACAAACGGAGUGGCUGGCAUUGGUAAAACAGUCUUAACACAGAAGUUCACACUGGACUGGGCUGAAGGCAAAGCCAACCAGCACAUACAGCUCACAUUUCCAUUUUCUUUCAGAGAGCUGAAUCUACUGAAGGAGAAAAAGUUCAGUUUGGUAGAACUUAUUCAUCACUUCUUUCCUGAAACCAAAGAAAUCUUCACAUUCGAAGAAUUUAAGAUUUUGUUAAUCUUUGAUGGUUUGGAUGAGUGUCGACUUCCUCUGGACAUGAACAGCAAUGAGACUCUGAAAGACGUUAGAGAGUCCUCAUCAUUAGAUGUCCUGUUGACAAACCUCAUCAAAGGGAACCUGCUUCCCUCAGCUUGCCUCUGGAUAACUACUCGACCUGCAGCUGCCAGUCAAAUCCCUCCUGAGUGUGUUGACUUGGUAACAGAGGUGAGAGGAUUCACUAACCCUCAAAAAGAAGAGUACUUCAAGAGGAGAUUCAGAGAAGAAGAGCAGGCCAGCAGGAUCAUCUCCCAUGUCAAGUCAUCACGAAGCCUCCACAUCAUGUGCCACAUCCCCAUCUUCUGCUGGAUCUCUGCUACAGUUCUGGCGGAUUUGUUAAAAACAACAGAGAGAGGUGAGCUGCCCCAGUCCCUGACUGAGAUGUACAUCCACUUCCUGGUGGUUCAGUGUAAAGUGAAGAAGGUCAAGUUUGAUGGAGGAGCUGAAACAGAUUCCCACUUUAGUCCAGAGACGAAGAAGAUGAUUUAUUCUUUGGGAAAAUUGGCUUUUGAGCAGCUGCUGGAAGGUAACCUUUACUUCUAUGAGUCUGACCUGAUGAAGAGUGGUAUCGAUGUCAAAGAAGCGUCGGUGUACUCAGGAAUGUUCACGCAGAUCUUUCUUAAAGAGGGUGGGCUUACCCAGGCCAAGGUGUACUCCUUUGUUCAUCUGACAGUUCAGGAGUUUCUGGCUGCUCUUCACGUUCAUCUGACCUUCAUCAACACCAACAUUAAUCUUCUGUCAGAACAACCUACAUCUGUCUGGUCCAGGCUGUUUGAAAACAAAUAUGAUCUCUUGUACCAGAGUGCAGUGGACAAGGCCUUAAACAGUCCAAAUGGACGCUUGGACCUGUUCCUCCGCUUCCUUCUGGGUCUUUCACUGCAGACCAAUCAGGCUCUCCUUCAAGGCCUUGUGACCCAGACAGGAAGUGGCCCCAGUCAGAAAACAGUCCUUUACAUCAAAAGGAGGAUCAAUGAGAAUUCUUGUUCUGAGAAAAGUAUCAACUUAUUUCACUGUCUUAAAGAGCUGAAGGACUCUUCUCUAGUUGAGGAGAUUCAACAACACUUGAAAUCAGGCAGUCUGUCAACAGAUGAACUGUCUCCUGCUCAGUGGUCAGCGCUGGUCUUCAUCUUACUGUCUUCAGAUGAAAAUCUGGAAGAGUUUGAUCUGAAGAAGUACUUCGCUUCAGAUGAGGCUCUGCGACAUCUGCUACCUGUGGUAAAAGCAGCUACCAAAGCAGUGCUAAGUUGCUGCAACUUGUCAGAGGGAAGCUUUGAAGCUCUGACUUCAGCUUUGAUCUCCCCAUGUUUCAAUCUGAGGGAACUGGAUCUGAGUAACAACGACCUGAAAGAUUCAGGUCUGAAGCAGCUGUGUGAAGGACUGCAGAACCAACAAUGUGCACUGGAAGCUCUCAGGCUUUCAGGCUGUCUCAUCACAUCUACAGGCUGUGCUGCGCUGAGAUCGGCUCUGAGGUCUAAUCCCUCUCAUCUGAAAGAGCUGGACCUGAGCUACAAUCAUCUAGAAGAAUCUGAAAAGCAGCUUCUGUCUGCAGGACUGGAGGAUCCAAGCUGGGCAUUAAAAGCACUCCAGCUGGAGCCAAGUGGAUCACAGUUUCUAAAACCAGGUCUGCAGAAGUAUGCCUGUGAACUCAUUCUGGAUCCCAACACAGCUCAUAGAAACCUCCUUCUGUCUGACAACAACAAAACAGUGACAAUCCAAAAAGAGAAACAGCCAUAUCCUGAUCAUCCUGACAGGUUUGACUACUGGAAACAAGUGUUAUGCACUGAUGGUUUGACUGGUCGUUGUUACUGGGAGGUUGAGUGGGUAGGGCAGGUUUACAUAGCAGUGACUUACAAAGAAAUCAAAAGAAAAGGACAAAAUAACGACUGCUCCCUUGGGAAAAAUAAUCACUCCUGGAGCCUGCUGUGCUCCAGUGAUGGUCACACUGGGUUGCACAAUAACAAAAGAGCUUCUGUCCGUGGAGCAUCUUCCAACAGAGUGGGAGUCUAUCUGGACUCUUCUGCAGGCACUCUGUCCUUCUUCAGGGUCUCCUCUGACAAACUGACCCACCUUAAGACCUUCCAUGCCACUUUCACUGAACCGCUGUACCCAGCUUUCAGGAUAAGGACCGAGCCCUUUAACUCAUCACUGACUUUGUUAGUUAGUUAGUUAGUUAGAAGUGUUUUCAAGCAUAAAAACAUAAGCAAAAAAAAACAAAAAAACAUAGAGGAAGCUUCCAUGCCACACACACACACAUAUACAUAUAUAUAUAUAUAUAUAUAUAUAUAUAUAUAUAUAUAUAUAUAUAUAUAUAUAUUGGUUGGUGUAUAUAAGAUUAUUUGGUCUAGCAUCACUCCCAGAAAGUUAUAUUCAAACACCCUUUCUAUACACUAAUUAUCCACAAUUAAUAUUUGAUUAAUUUAUUUUCCUUCUCCAAACCACAUUAUAUUUGUUUUACUCAGAUUUAAAGAGAGUUUAUUCAAACCAAACCACUGUUUCACUUAGUUCAUUUCUGUUGUGAUUACCUCUAAAAGCUGCUGUUAACUCUCUCCAGAGCAAAAGAUGUUUGUUUCAUCUGCAAAUAAUAUAAAUUUCAGUAAGCUUGAAACACUACAUAAGUCCUUUUUGUAUAACAUCAACAGCUAUGACCCAAGCAGUAACCCCUGAGGUAGACCUCAGCAUAUGUCCAUACAGCCUGAUCUGCAUUCUCCUAUUUCUACAAACUUUCUUUUUCUUAAUAAAUCUGAAAAUUGAUGUGAUUCCUUUAAAAUCUAACUUGUACACUUUGAGUUAAUUUCAUUCUGUAAAUUCAACUGUAUUUUAUUUAUGUUUUGAUAAACUGCGAAUAAGAUUAUGUCUUAAUUUGGAUGCUACUAUGUUAUCAUUAUUGUCAUUACUGUUAUUAUUAUCAGUCACUUUUUAAGUUCAGCUUGUAUUCUAUUAUAUUUCCUUUUUUUUUUUUUAUUUAUUUAUUUUUUUUUUUUCAAAU